UUUUUCUUUUGCUUAUCUUUUUUCUUCCUUUCCUUUUUUUCCCUCUUUCUUUUUUUUAAAAAAAAAAAUUACAUCAAAGAUUUAUAGUACAGAUAAUGACUUACAACCUUCGAUCUAAAAAGAACCAACAACGUAGCCCUUUAUCAACUAUUGACCCAAAUCAGCAACAAGCAAGAAAAAAACGAAAGAAAAACGAACAACCUCAAAAACUGGAGGAUAAAUCAUCAUCAACAACGCCAGCAGGCUCAAUACCACCAGCUUCAUUAACAAUACCUUUUCCGUUAACAACACCAACAUUGCAAAAAGCAAAUGAUAAAUCAUCAUUAUCAUCAUCGAUAACGCCAGCAGACUCAACAAUAUCAGCUUCAUUAACAGCACCGACAUUGCAAAAAUCAAAAGAUACAUCGUUAUCAUCAACAUCAACUCCAUCAACAUCAUCGUCAACUCCAUCAACAUCAUCAUCAACUCUAUCAUCGUCAACAACCCCAUCAUCAUCAACAUCGUCAACAACCCCAUCAAAAUCAACAUCAAAAUCGUCAGCAUCAACUCCAUCAACAUCGUCGCCACCCCCGCCUCCACUUCUAUCCUUUGUUCUCGCUAACAUCGACAACCUUCCCAUCAGAUCACGGCGAUACGUAACGACCGACAAAAACAAGUUACGUUUGAUAAGAGUCAACGAAGUUUGCUAUGGAUUGGGUAUCGACUUUGUAAAUCCUGUGGCCAUUAUUCAAAAGUUUUGUAAAUUUGGGACUACAAGCUUGGAUGACCUUACGAACCGACAUCGAUCUGGCAAACUUAUGUUUUACGGUUACACCUUGACAGACGGCGUUUCCAUCAACUUUCUAUUUGCAAGAUUCUCUACUCCACAUCAACUACAAGUCACUACGGCAAAUUUCAAUUCGUGAAUACCGAACUUGUAUUGGAUUGAUUAGACAGUAACAUUUGGAAACCAAGAAAGCUACGACGAUGGUACUCGAUGAUGGCAGUUGGCUAUGAUCUUAUGCUCGAAAGUGAAGGAAAGCUGGAUAUGCUGCGCGCCCAACUUCAAUCAACGGAAACUACAUGUCAACGAUGGAUGGAUCAGCGCAAGUUAUUACAGAAAACUGAUCAAGCUGUGAUAGGUAAGAAAGAAAAAAGAAGGAGUGAGCAGGUUAUUUUUUUUUUUUUUGAAAAUAGGUUGACCAUUAGGAUCUUUUGGAAUAGAUGUCUUCUAUAUGUAUUUUCUGUAUACAGUGUUAUGUUUAUAGUUUUAGUUUAGUACGUAUUCACUAUACUGUAUAUCUUAGGUUAGCUAAUGAAAUCAAUGAAUAAAAAAAGUUUUGAGUCACUCGUUU